CACACAGGCGCCUGACACGCUCCGCCUCUGGGCUGGGCUCUAGCCAUUGGCCCCGUUCCCUGUUCCUUUUCGCUUUCGCGGCUUGCUGGGCGUCAGGACCGCCCAUCACCAGAGCAGCCCGGCUUGCCCGCCCGGCUUGAUUCACGUGGCUCUCGGGGUGGAGCGGCAGCCGAAACGGAGACGGAGGAGGGUGGGGAAAACAAAACGCAGCUGUCAAAGGAGGAGAGCGGCGCGCUAGGCGGCGGCCCAGCCCGGUAGAAGCAGAACGAAAUUGCUGCAAGAAAUAGUUCAUUCCUGUAACUGGAGAAGGUGCAUGAAUGCACAAACUGUAUGGGUUUCUUAAGGCUCAGAUCAGCAGCUCAACAGGAAAUAAAGUGGCCAAGAGAAUAGGAGUUGGGGAAUGGCGGUCAACGUGUAUUCUACCUCUAUAACCCAAGAGACUAUGAGCAGACAUGACAUCAUUGCAUGGGUGAAUGACAUAGUAGCUUUAAACUACACAAAAGUUGAACAACUAUGUUCAGGGGCAGCUUACUGCCAGUUCAUGGAUAUGUUGUUCCCAGGGUGUAUUAGCUUGAAGAAAGUAAAAUUUCAAGCAAAGCUGGAACACGAGUACAUUCAUAACUUCAAACUUCUACAAGCAUCAUUUAAAAGAAUGAAUGUGGAUAAGGUUAUUCCAGUGGAGAAAUUAGUGAAGGGGCGCUUCCAAGACAACUUGGAUUUCAUACAGUGGUUUAAGAAAUUCUUUGAUGCUAACUAUGAUGGGAAGGAAUAUGAUCCAGUGGAUGCCCGGCAAGGCCAAGAUGCUAUUCCACCACCUGAUCCUGGUGAACAGAUCUUUAAUUUGCCAAAAAAAUCUCAUCAUGCAAACUCUCCAACAGCAGGUGCUGCCAAAUCCAGUCCCGCUUCAAAACCAGGCUCUACACCGUCUCGUCCAUCAUCAGCAAAAAAGACACCACCAAGCAGCUCAGCAUCCAAAUCUGAUAAAGAUUUGGAGACACAAGUUAUACAACUCAGUGAACAGGUACAUUCAUUAAAACUUGCACUUGAAGGUGUGGAGAAGGAAAGAGAUUUCUAUUUUGGGAAGUUAAGGGAGAUUGAGCUUCUCUGUCAAGAACAUGGGCAGGAAAAUAACGACCUUGUCCAACGACUAAUGGAAGUUCUCUAUGCUUCAGAAGAACAUGAGAGCCACACAGAAGAGCAUGAAGGUGAGGAUCAAGUUCAUGAACAGCCCCAACAGCAGGAAGAGUACUGAAAAGCCUAGCACAUUUGCUACUUUUUAAUUUUGUGUGGGAACUUUCUUCUGAAGAAUGGAACGUGUGUGGCCUCAGACUUGAAACCAAUCACUCUCAGUCUGCCAUUAACAUAAAUGUAUCGUAGUGAGUGUCAGCCAGCAGCUGCAUUCUGUACCCAUCCUUUACCAACAUGUGUUUGCAGAAGUCUUCUAUCAGGAUAUGCACCUGAGAAGGUCUCCGGGCUUUGUUCCCAUUUCCUACCACUGCAACUUCACUGUUUGGCUGCUUGAGAUUUGUUCAGCUUUUAAAAAUAUAUAUAUAUAUAUAAUAUAUAUUUAUUUUUUCCUUUUGUCUUAAGUAUGAUACAUUUGUAAUUUGUUCAAAACUAUUUAUAUGUGCAUCUCUUAUGACAAAAAGUACUGUUCUGUUAGAUUUCUCCCAUUUCAUGAUAUUUGCCCUUUUUGGGAACAUAAAGGUAAAAGUGUCCCCACACUUGUAGUGCGAGUUGUUUCCGACUCUUAGGGUGACAUCUUGCGACGUUUACUAGGCAUUUGGGAACAUAAGUUUGGUCAAACUGUGCAAAGGAGGGGAAGCAACUGAAAUCACACUCAAAUUAUACUUGUUCCCGUCUUUUAUAACGCACAAGUCAGCAACCUUUCCCUAUUUUUUUUAAACAACAUAAACUGUAAUCCUCCUGAUGUUGUACACCAAAGCAUAUUAGAAAUCUGCUCAGUAUAUGUUUUAUUUUUGGAACAUGCAUACAUGCCUGCCUAAUUCUUACACUGAGAGCAUUGUGACAUUUUCCUUGCCACUAUAAAUGUUCUUUUUUACUUUUUUCCAAUUCCAUAUACCAUGUCUGUUGGUUCAAGCAUUUAUUAUACUUUUUCACUGCUGUAUCCGCACCUGCUGAUGCAGCUUGGUUCAGACUACCACUGCUGGAAAUGGUAAUUAUAAGAAUCAGCCUCUUUCCUUUUGCUCUUGCAUAUAUGGAAGGUGAACCCUUUCUUUUUUAAUACUGUAGGACUGGGGCAUGCCAGAAAAUUUAUCAGCAUAAUAGUACAUUGUUUUUUCUCUGAAGUCUUUUUAGAGUCAUGUUUGAAAUGGAAUGCACCUCUUUUUCACAUAGAUGCCAGUGCUAGCUUUCAGGCAUGGCUUGGAAUGUAAAGAUACACUACCUAAAUACACAAGAUGGGAAUGGCUUUGUGGUCUGUGACUCUUGAAUGGAUUGCAGAAUGCAGAAAGCAGAAAUAAAGUGUUAGUUUACAGAAUUAUUCAUUGCCACAGGUUUUAAUAUUGCUCUUCUUGUUAAUCUUCCACUUAGAUGAUUACAUUUUGUAGAAUUAAAACAUUCCUUAUUUUCUAAACUUAAAUUGCACAUUUUCUUAGUCUAGUUCUAGGUUUGUUGGUUUUCUAUUCAUGGUUUUCCUUGCUUGCUGUUUCAUUCCUCAGUUUGAAAUUUGACUGGUUAUUUGGCUAGGCAAGUACAGUAACAAAAAUCAAAUAGAGUAUCGACCUGCAAGCCACAAUUACUGAAGGUCUCCAUGUAGCCUUGCGGACUCAGUGGUGUCGCUUCACUGAUUAAUAGUGGUUUGCUACAUAUAUGUAUAAAAGCAAGGACUUCUUGCAUCAUUAAAUUGCUUAUUACUACAGAUGUUAUUUGCAGUAAAGUGACUCUUAUUUAGUCACACAGUACAGGCGGCAUGUAUGAUGUGUUUAAAUAUUCAAACAAAUGUUUGCAUUUUCUUAGCAUAAUAGAACUAUAGCCGAUCUCUUCAUAUUGGAAAUGUUUACACAGCUCCCCUCCCUCCCCACCCCAUGCAGUUUUAUUGCCAUGAAAAUCAAUGUGUCCCCUUUCUAGCCCUGUCCUUUUUAAUUACUAGAAGUGAUUUGAUUUCUCUUGAAGGCUUUAUACAUAAAACAAUAAACGAACAGUUACCUUCAGGAAGAUGUAGUAUACUAUCAUGAUCCAGCAUAGAAAAAAGAUAUGCAUUUUUCUGUUUUAAAAUGUCCAUGAUUAUAUUAUUAAUACUAGUUUUGCUGUCUCCAAAAUGCUCAUUGUGAGUAAAGGGAAAUUUGGGCAGUUACAAGAUUUCUGAACCAGCCUUUAAGCACCCAGUCAUUGUCACCAAUGCAGUUGCAGCCAUGUUUCUUUUUUCCUCUUCAGCAAAUUUUCAGAACACUUCCUUUUGAAGCGCUUUCUGGGCUUUUCGGGGUUUCUUUGUUCCCUGAUAGUUCUCGUCAAAGCCUCUUUGCUCCCUAGUCCUGUCACUUAGAUUUUUUGUGUGAGAGAGUGGGAUGGGAUUGCAUCCAGAUUUUCUUCUGUUGCUUUGUAUAACUGAUCUGUGGAGCAAUUUCACUCCACCACUUGUUUGGAGACAGAAAGUGGCUGGCCUAGAAGGCAGGAGGAUAAUAGUUUAUAAUAAGAUACACAAAUAUAUAUAGGAGCCUGAUCUGCUCAGUUGUGCUGAGGGGAGUGACAGACUCUGGAAAGGGAAAGAGGAACACCCCCCACCUCCCCAUGGUGAGUAACGCUGUUAUUCCGUUAUGGUUUUAAUAUGCAUUUGUAAUUACUUUUACUAAAUAGCACACCAUAAAGCUUUGGUUAUAUAUUAAAUGUAAACUGAAAGGAAUGUAAACAUAUGUAUUGUUAAUUAUAAAUAGAUAAGUAAUGACAUAAUAGAUGCAAAAAGUCUUAUUCAGAUGUAUCAAUCAUUUUACGUUACCCACGAGUUGUCGCAUGAUAGAGUAGACUUUUUUUGGUCUCUGAAUAUGUGAAUAACUUGACAUGCGUUUAUCUUUUUACAUAUUUAAUAAAAAAAAAGUAUAUGUUAACAA